AUGAUAUUUAAUAUACAUUACAAAUUAAAAAAAAAUUUAUUAUUUAAACAAUUUAAAAAUAAUAAAAAAAUAAAAUAUAUAUAUUUAAAAAAACAAAUUAAUAUUGUAUUAAAAAGUAAAAAUUCAAAUAAUUAUAUAUAUAAUAUUAUUAAAUAUAAAUAUAAUCAUUUAAAAACAUUAUAUAUCAUAAUUAAUAAAUAUAAUUUAAUCUUAAUUAAAUUUAUUAAUUUUUGGUAUAUUUUAAAUAAUUAUUAUAUUGAAUAUAAUAAAUUUUAUUUAAUUAAAACUAUUUUUACAUACUUUUAA